UGCACGUUUCUCUUAGCUCAACCUCAUUCCGACCUGCGAACUCAGAACCAACACCAUACCAACGUUAUGGCCCUUAGUUUGCUAUGCCUAUUAUGGCUCAGCAUGGCGGUGGCUCUAUGAUCGCUGUCGUCUCCGUCCUUGGCGUUGAGGUCAUCAAUCGCCCCGUUUGACCAGGUUAUACAUCGGAUUGUCCUCCAAUCUUUGGUUCGCAGGGCUAGCGAGGUUGCCUACCUCCCUGCGGUUGCUCAUAGCGACUUCCCGCUUGUUCUUCGAACGCCUUUACCCGUAGCUGGGCUUGAUCAAGUCGGAGCCCUUCACCGCUGGGAACCACCACUGUGGAUGGCCCCCAGAUUCCCCUUUGGCAUGGCGUACCCCUCUAGUGCCUUGCAAGCUCUGGUCGUGGGUCUACGGGGACAGGCCGCUCGAUUUGGAGACCUCCUGCGGGAUAGCAAACUGACCCUGAGCGUCAAAAUGAUCGAUGAUUUGUCCGUCCUUUCGGACGAGGGCAUCCAACCGCGUGAAAUUGAAACCUUGAUAUGCGAGGGUGUAAACAAUGAUAUGGUCCCGGCCUCUAUUCGAGAUCAAACAUCUGUCGCACUCGUUGCUUCUCUGUUUCCCCUUUUCCCAGUUUGAACGUUUGAGGGAUCAUCCCAUCUGUGGGGAAUUC